GUAGCUAACACGGUCUACCCUAUUGCUAUGAAAUAUGACAGCCGCCUGACAGACCCAUUCUGGAACAGUCAGAAACAAUCUUAUGGCGAGUAUAUGUGGAGAAUGAUGACUUCUUGGGCUAUCAUGUGUGAUAUUUGGUAUUUGCCACCAAUGACCAAAGAGGUUGCCUAG